AUGUGGGCUCAGAAUGAGUCCUAUCAACAAUACUGUAGGAACCACUUCUUGUCGAACAGAGAUUGGGGCCGUAGUCUUGCGCCGUUGGUGGACAAGGUGGCUGCGAAACGAAUCGUCACAGAAUGGGACAUUCCAGAUAUGAAGAUUGUUCGUACUAUUGCAGUUUUCAACAAAUCGCACACAAAAACAUUUGGCAUAUCUGAUAUGCCAGAAGGGAGCAUCAUGAAGGUGUCCCACAUGUCAGGGAGGGUUGCCAGAAUCGUCAACGGAACAUUCACUUGUUUCAAGAUGUGUGGAGGGCUUGGGAAGAAGCCAAUUCCGCUGGAAGAAGGGAAAACGGAACGAUUUCGAGGUAUUUUGAACGGAAUGCUAAAUGCUAGAAUGAGGGGAAAGGGGGGGAAGGAGACACAGUAUAAAUUCAUCGAACCAGCCGUAGUCUUGGAGGAACAAUUGAACAUGAGUGAAUUCCGUGAUGUCACCAAGUGGUAUAUUUCGUCCGGAGUUCCCGUCUUUGUGGCCAUGGAGUGUAAACAGAACAAUAGCAAGGUGACUCAAAGAAAUUUCUAUACUGAGGAUUUCCAAAUGCUUGAUGCUAUGACGUAUUUGACCGAACAUUGUUCUGUUCCGAUUGCAAAACCCGGGGCGUGGGACAAGAUGAGAAAUAUCGUCCAUGAGCUUGGCAAACGCUUGCCAAACCAAAUCACGCGUAUCGACCUUUAUGCGAGUGACCAUGAAGUAUACUUUUCCGAAUUCACCUACACAGGGAGUGCUUGUCAGGGAAGGUUCGUCCCAUGGGUUUCUGGAGGUCUCUUGUCCGCCUUGUACGAAGGUAGAGUGAAUCCUGACAUAAUUACGCCUCAGUAUGUCAAGGACACCAUUCAAGGACGCUCCUGGUCUUAUUCCCCAAUGCAUGGUCUAGCACUGAUUCCUCAAAACGCGUCAUCACACCCUUCACCAGUCGACCUGUGCUCUGCAAUCUACAGCGAAAACGAUGCUGAGCUUCAGGAACACUGCCUUGGAAAGCUGCAAGGAGUUGUUACAGAGUUCCCAUUGCGAUGCAUCGCUUCAAAUUAUAUCGGUGAUCGCGAACAUCGUCAUGCAUCUCUAACAUUUAUUGGUGUACUGAAGUACCCGACAUUCUCGGCUCUCGUGCAACGAGUUGAUUGGGACCGUGCAAUUGUUCUGAUUGCUCUGAUAUGUUACCUCACAUACAAUCAGAUUGGGACAAAGCAUCAGCAGGAUCAAUAUCGCAACAACGCAAUUUACUUGUUUAUCAUGUCGAUUUACAUGUACCUUUCUACAAAUCACAAUGGGUAUUUUUCGCAGAUCUCAGUCUUCGACGUGGUCCAUCAGAGUUUCCAAGCGUUCAAAGCGGUGCACCCAACGAGCUCACCGUUCAUUUGCUUGUCACACUUUGCGGUAUAUUGGUUCAAUAUUGCAUCUUGGAGGUCUAAAUCACUACGCAACUUGCUUUUUUGGCAACUCUGCGUCGAAUUGGUGAGCGCUUCGACCGAUGAAUUCGCCCAUCAUUUCGAAGACUUGAACCAUGUCAGAUGCAUGCGGCUAUCCUUUAUCCAUCGAAUGCAGAACUAUGUUAUUGGUGAGCUGAUACGAAAAUACGUCGUUCCGGCCAUUUUUGUUUACCUCUACCUUCUCCCGGCAUUCUUGUUUCACUGGGCUGGUGUUCUCAUCGCAAGUGUCUUAUCGCCCAUCUUCUAA